AGUUUUCGCACUCAUUGCUGCUAGACGUGCAUAUUCUUGUGGAAAUUGUUGUGAAUUUGUUUUUUUAUUAUUAUUAUUGUAGUUGUAGAUUCUUUAUAAAAGUAUAAACAUUUUCAAGAUUCUGCCAUACUGCCAAUAUUAUAAACAAAUCUACCUCAAACAACUUAGUAUGUAUUAACUAUAAACAAACGCACCUAAUAAAUAUUCAUCUAACAAACUAAAAAGGAUUCCAAAACCAUAAAAUACCUUUAUUAAAAAGAAAUCGGCUAUUAACAUGGAUAUUAACAGCUUGACAUAUCCCAGAUAAACAAUACAAGAGAGAUAUAGAGAAGAAAUAAAAGAACAAAUGCAUCCUAGAUGUUGGACAAAAUAUUCAUAAAAUAAUUGGAAGAUUUAUUUAAUAGACUAAUAGACCUACUAAGUAUAAUUAUGUAUUCAGUGGUUACCAAAAAUGUCGAUAACACGACGACGACAACAAACAACGAACAAAACACUGAAAAAUGUAAUGCAGACAAAUGUCAAGAAAAUAUUGAACCGGCCAUUGAUAAUAUUCAAAUUGAUAAUGGUCAUGUGAAUGCCAAUGACAAGCGUCGCGAUUCUACACAGGUAUGGACACCUCUUCUAGAGAAUGGCAGUCAAAAUAAAAUGAAUUUAGCAAAUGCUAACCAUCAUCAUACCAACGAAUCAAGUGAUGCCAUUUAUUCUGGUGAAGUUAGUAAUAAUAACGAUUGGAAUGGCGAUAAACUGAAGACAAACGGUUUAGAAAAUUCCUUGAAUCGUAGUAAUAACAAUGGUCCCGCAAUAAAUGGUAAAACAGCAGCAGCGUUGAUAGAUAAAUGUGAUGAACAUGAUCCCCUUACGGGCUUAUAUAAAGAGAAGCCAGACCAGAAAAACUACUCUGAUGAUGUUAAUUUUGCGGGGGAAGAGGGCUGCGGUCUUUUUGGCUGUAAACCCAAAUGGGCUCGCAGUUUUGCUUCAACACAUAUGUUUAUGGUGGUCUUUCUUGUGGCCUACAUAUUGCAAGGCAUGUAUAUGACUUAUUUCGUUUCGGUCAUAACCACCAUAGAAAAACUUUUUCAAAUCAAGUCAAAAACCACCGGCUUUCUGCUCAGUGCCAGUGAAAUGGGUCAAAUAAGUACGGCCAUGUUACUGACAUACUAUGCCGGACGCGGUCAUCGUCCUCGUUGGAUUGCCUGCGGUAUGGUGCUUUUUUCCAUUGCAGCAUUUGCUUGUGCUCUACCUCAUUUUAUAUUUGGCGAAGAGCUUAUACAGUCUACAGCUUUAAUGAGUAAAAAUAGUCCAAUCAAUUCGACCAAUACGGAUUUACCAUCUACAUUAGCUUUUCAUAUGAACGAACUUAGUCACAAUACAACUUCGUCCAUGAUGAUGACGUCGACUCCUCGACACAUUGAAAUGAAUCUCUGUCAUGUUGAUGACUAUCCUCAGAAUUCUACAGCAGAGUGCAAUGAAGAUCGUAAGCUUGAACAAGUAUCUCACUCAAAAAUUACUGUUAUUGUUCUAUGUAUAUUUUUCGGAAGUUUACUUAGUUCCGGCAUCGGUCAAACUGCCGUCUCUACUUUGGGUAUACCCUAUAUCGAUGAUAAUGUUGCCAGCAAACAAUCGGCCAUGUAUAUGGCCAUAACAAUUGGCGUUCGUAUACUAGGUCCCGCGUCUGGUUUCAUUGUCGGAUCAGUGUGUACUCGCUGGUAUGUAAACUUUACUAAUCCUGGAUUUGAUGCUAGCGAUCCGCGGUGGAUCGGUGCCUGGUGGCUGGGUCCGGUGGUAAUUGGUAGUCUUAUGUUGCUAUCAUCGAUUGCAAUGUUUUCGUUUCCCAAGCAAUUGCGUGGUAAGAAGAGUGCACCGGGUGCGGCUAAGGAAAAGUCAGUGGCUGCAAAAGAGCCAGUAGAGCCGGAAGAGAAACCUCGUUUAAAAGAUUUUCCCAAAACUGUCAAACGCCAGCUGAGCAAUGACAUAUUAAUGUUUCGAACAGCUUCUUGUGUUUUCCACUUGCUACCCAUUGCCGGUCUGUACACCUUUUUGCCCAAAUACCUAGAGACCCAAUUCCGUUUGGCACCCUAUGAUGCCAACAUGGUGGCGGCCUUUUGUGGCAUACUUGUUAUGGGCAUAGGAAUUGUGGUGUCUGGUCUGGUUAUAUUUAAAUUUAAACCAACUGCUCGAGCUGUGGCUGCAUGGAUAGCUUUAACAGCUUUGAUAUACUCCGCUGGUAUGGUCAUACUAAUGUUUGUGGGUUGUAACAUGUAUGAUUUUGCCGGCUAUAAGCCAGCAACAAGUUCAUCACCAGCAGUAAUAGAGCCCGUUUGCAAUGCUGUGCUUAAUUGUACGUGCGAUAAAGAACAAUUUGCUCCAAUUUGUGGUAUUGAUGGAAAAAUCUAUAUAUCCUCCUGUCAUGCUGGAUGUUCAUCGGCCGGCUUACGCAUGGAGGAUAAUCAUACAGUUUUCUCAGAAUGUUCUUGUAUUGAGGAUGCUCCAAUUGGUAACAAUAGCAAUUCCUAUGAGGCAUUUAGUGGUUACUGCGAUAACAAUUGUAAAAACUUUAUUAUUUUCAUUAUAAUCUUUGCCGUAUGCGUUUUUAUGCAUUCAACAUCGGAAGUGGGUAGUAUGCUAUUGGUUAUGAGGUGUACACAUCCUAAAGAUAAAGCUAUGGCCAUGGGUUUAAUACAAUCGGCAAUUGGUCUUUUUGGAAAUGUUCCCUGUCCUAUUAUUUACGGCGCCGUGGUGGACUCAGCGUGUCUUAUUUGGCGUUCGGUAUGUGGCAAACAUGGUGCAUGUUCUCUUUAUGAUGCAGAUACAUUUAGGCACUAUUUUCUUGGUAUAACCGCUGGUAUAAUGUUUCUGGCUUUCAUUAUGGACUUAGUAGUAUGGAGUAAAGCACAUCGCAUAGAUAUAGCGCCCGAAGAAAAUGCCGAAAAGAAAUCUCCCGAAUCUGAAUGUCAAAAAUCAAUGGCGACAGCACCUGAUACUUCUGUUUAACUUUAAAGAAGACUACUAGUAGCUUAUUUAUCUAUAUCACCCACAUCAGAAGUCAAAUAACUGAAAGUGGUAUAUUAAUCAUAAUAAACAAUUUAUGUACAGAUCACAAGAUUUUAGAAUAAUAUUUAAUUGUAAGAUGAUCAUAAGAUAAUUUUCAGAUUUUUUUUUUUUUUAUUAAUUUCCAAAACAUUCUCUAAAAGGAAUGAAAAUUUAAAAUUUUUGGAAAUUUGAAAAAACAAAACUUUUUAGAAUUAAACGAUUUUAUGGAAAAUGGGGUGGGUCGUUUAGAAACUGAAAUGCCAGACCCCAUAAUUAAAAUUUGUUAAACGUUACUUUAUGGCCUUAACGUUAUAUAAUACACACAUUUACAUUUACAUACAUAAAAAAUCAAUGUCUGUCAAAACAUUUUUUUAACAAAAAUAACGCAUUCUCCAGUGUUUCUUUUAUGAAAUCAUCAGCAACUUAAAUACCUUAUGUUAGCUGGGAAAAUUUAAUAAAUUUGAUAACUAACCAAUUUCACAAAAAAUACCCUCAAUUUUUUUAUCUAGACAAUAUAAAGAAUGAAGGUCAAGAUCAAGUGACAACAAAUUUUGUUUAUGUAUUUCGUUUUUAACAAUUAUACUGUCAAUGUCUGCAAAUAUAUUAAUAAAUAUAUGGUAGUUUAUUAUUACUCAAUAUAAAUUAAUUUAGUAUCAAAUUUUUGCAACUAUUGUAUUUAAGUUGUUUGUUUGCAUCUAGAGUUUCAUAAAAGUCGGAAAAAACACGCUUAAUGCAAUUUUUGUUCAUGUGCAAUUUCAUUUAAUUUAAGAAUUUUUUAGUCUAUAAGUUAAACUCAUUUAUAUGUUGCAUUUAUUGAUUGCUCGAUCGAUACGAUACGAUUAUAACAAGAAACAACUAAAAUAAUCUCAGUCAAAAAAGAAAAGAAACAAGAUAAUAGACUUGUCCUUAUGUUUAGCGAAUAUUUUAUACAAAUACAAUAUAAAAUUUAUACUAUAGAUUGAUUAACUCUCAAGUUCAAUAAAGUAAUGAAACUCAAAACACCGCUAAA